CAAGUUGAACGAAUUAAGUAUUGGCAAUGACUAAAAAUUUCACUGUUUUAACUUUCAGUAAAUUCGAAGUUUUUCAAUUAUGGUGAUCAAUUUCAUACAGCAUUAAGAUAUAUUUAAGAAUUACAGGUGAAUUAUAAUUAUGUUAACAAAAUUUGAAACCAAAUCUGCCCGUAUAAAAGGCCUUACAUUUCAUUCAAAACGGCCAUGGAUAUUGGCUAGUCUUCAUACAGGGGUAAUCCAAUUAUGGGACUACCGUAUGUGUACCUUAUUGGAUAAAUUUGAUGAACAUGAUGGACCUGUACGUGGUAUUAGUUUCCACAGUCAGCAACCUAUAUUUGUAUCUGGUGGUGAUGAUUAUAAAAUCAAAGUAUGGAAUUAUACUCAACGACGAUGCAUAUUUACAUUACUUGGUCACUUGGAUUAUAUUCGUUCAACAAUGUUCCAUCAUGAGUAUCCUUGGAUAUUAAGUGCAUCUGAUGAUCAGACAAUAAGAAUAUGGAACUGGCAAAGCCGUGCCUGUAUUUGUGUUUUAACUGGUCAUAACCAUUAUGUCAUGUGUGCUCAGUUCCAUCCAUCUGAGGAUUUAGUAGUCUCUGCAUCUUUAGAUCAGACGGUUCGUGUUUGGGAUAUUUCUGGACUACGUAAGAAGAAUGUAGCUCCAGGCCCUGGGGGACUAGAUGAUCACUUAAAGAAUCCAAAUGCUACAGAUCUAUUUGGUCAAGCUGAUGCUGUUGUUAAACAUGUACUUGAAGGUCAUGACCGUGGUGUUAAUUGGUGUUCAUUCCAUCCUACUUUGCCACUUAUUGUCUCUGGUGCUGAUGAUCGUCAAAUAAAAUUAUGGAGAAUGAAUGAUUCUAAAGCAUGGGAAGUAGACACAUGCCGUGGACAUUAUAACAAUGUUUCCUGUGUUGUUUUCCAUCCAAAACAAGAGCUUAUUCUGUCAAAUUCUGAGGAUAAAAGUAUACGCGUUUGGGAUAUGACAAAAAGAACAUGUCUCAAUACAUUUAGGCGAGAACAUGAACGAUUUUGGGUGCUUGCUGCACAUCCAACCUCCAACUUAUUUGCUGCUGGACAUGAUUCGGGUAUGAUUAUAUUCAAGUUGGAACGUGAAAGACCCGCAUUUACACAAUUUGGUAAUUUCUUAUUCUAUGUAAAAGAGAGAUUCUUACAUCGUCUCGAUUUCACCACCCACAAAGUGACCACUGUCAUGCAACUAAGAGGUGGUGGACGUACACCUAUUUACAGUAUUAGUUACAACCCAGCUAUAAAUGCAAUGCUUGUAUGUACAAGAAAUUCAUCAAACCUUGAAAAUAGCACUUAUGAUUUAUAUCAAAUGCCUAAGGAAUCAGCAGACAGUAGUGUUUCAGAAGUACCUGAGAGUAAAAGGUCUAGUGGUCUAAUGGCUGUCUGGAUAGCUAGAAAUCGGUUUGCUGUCUUAGACAAAACACAUAUGUUGGCGGUAAAAAAUUUAAAAAAUGAAUUAACAAAAAAAAACAUAGGACCCAAUAAUAUAGAUGAGAUUUUUUAUGCCGGUACAGGUUUAUUGUUACUGCGUGAUCCCGAAAAUUUGACUUUGUUUGAUGUUACACAAAAAAGAGUAUUGGCUCAAGCUAAGAUAGCCAAAUGUCGAUAUGUUAUAUGGGCAAAUGAUGGGUCAUUGUUGGCUGUUUUAUGCAAACAUAAUAUUUAUAUAUGUAAUAGGAAAUUGGAAAUUUUGUGUACAAUACAUGAAAAUUCCAGAAUUAAAUCGGGUGCAUGGGAUGAUUGUGGUGCAUUUAUAUAUACCACUAGUAAUCAUAUUAAAUAUGCUUUGCCGGAUGGUGGUGACUAUGGAAUCAUACGUACAUUAGAUUUACCUAUUUAUAUAACAAAAGUCAGUGGCAACCAAGUGUUCUGUUUAGACAGGGAGUGUCGACCAAGAGUAUUAAAUAUUGAUACAACAGAAUACAAAUUUAAAUUAGCACUCAUCAAACGCAAGUAUGAGGAAGUUUUGCACAUAGUCAGGAACGAUCGGUUAAUCGGACAAUCUAUAAUAGCAUACUUACAGCAAAAAGGGUAUCCAGAAGUGGCAUUACAUUUUGUCAAAGACAACAAGACCAGAUUUUCUUUAGCACUGGAGUGUGGGAAUAUAGACAUUGCUUUGGAAGCGGCUAGGACUUUGGACGAUAAGGUGUGUUGGGAACAACUUGGCCAGUCCGCGUUGCUGCAGGGCAACCAUCAGGUAGUGGAGAUGUGCUACCAGAGGACUAAGAACUUUGACAAGCUAUCGUUUUUGUAUCUGAUCACCGGUAAUCUAGACAAACUGAGGAAAAUGAUGAAAAUCGCGGAAAUACGUAAGGAUGUAUCUGGGCAUUACCAGGGUGCGUUGUUGCUGGGCGAUUGUCACGAAAGGAUCAAGAUAUUGAACAACUAGGGUCACAAGUCUCUCGCCUACCUGACGGCCGCUACCCACGGUUUGGACGCCGAAGCCGAGACCAUCAAAGAGGGCUACGAGGGUAAUCUACCGACGGUGACUGCUGGCGCCAAGUUGCUCAGACCUCCCGCCCCAGUCAGCCAAGCCGAGUCCAACUGGCCCUUGUUGACUGUGUCUAAAGGUUUCUUCGAGGGUGCUAUUCUGUCAGCAGGCAAAGCGUCAGGGCUCAUCGAUACAGCGAUCGGUGAGGACGUGGCUGUUGAGGAAGAGGGUUGGGGGGCAGAGGCGGACUUGGGUCUGGAGGGAAGAAUAUCGCCUACGCACUCGGAAGCCGAGGAAGAAGCGGCAUCUGCAGCCGCAGCGGACGGUGGUGGUGAGGACGGCUGGGACGUGGGCGAUGAAGAGGUAGAACUUCCUCCAGAAGUGCUGGUAUCUCGACAACAAGACUCCGACUAUUUCGUAGCGCCGCAGCCGGCCGCCUGCCCGUCCCUUGCAUGGUCAGCCAACAGUCAACUGGCCAUCGACCACAUCAAGUCGGGCGAUUUCGAGAACGCAUUUAGACUACUCAAUGAACAGAUCGGCGUCACCAACUUCGGACCGCUUAAGAACCUGUUCAUGGACUCAUACCUCAAGUCGUGCACAUCGUACACGCCACUACCUACGCAUCCGUCGCUGUUCGUAUACCCUAAUCGCAACUGGAAAGACGGCGGUGGAAAAGGAAACAACAAGCCUGUGCUAGACAUAAAACUAGAACAGCUGCUCGGCGAACUACAGGCGUGUUAUCAGCUGACGACAGCCGGCAAGUUCCCGGAAACGGUGGCCAAGUUCCGGUCGAUACUGAUGUCCGUGCCGCUGCUGUGUGUGGACACCAAGCAAGAGGUGAACGAAGUCGUGCAGCUGGUGCACAUAUGCAAGGAGUACUUAGUCGGGCUGGUGAUGGAGACAGCCCGCAAGGAGCACCCGAAGACCACGGCGGAGGACCAGAAGCGCAUUGCUGAGAUGGUCGCGUACUUCACGCACUGUGACCUGCAAAUGUCGCACAAAAUCCUCACACUCCGCACGGCCAUCAACGUGUUCUACAAGAUCGGCAACCACAACACGGCCGCGUCGUUCGCCAAACGGCUGCUGGAGCUGGGCCCACGCGCCGACGUGGCGCAACAGGCUCGUAAAAUGCUGCAGGCCUGCGACCUGAACCCGGUCAACAAGCUGCAGGUGGCCUACGACCAACACAAUCCGUUCUCGAUAUGCGCCUACUCGUUCGUUCCAAUCUACAAGGGAAAGGAGGAGGUGAAAUGUCCGUUCUGUUCGGCGUCGUACCAACCUGUGCACAAGGGAAAGGUGUGCAACAUAUGUCAGAUAUCGUCCAUCGGCCGAGAGUCCACGGGACUCAAGAUAACUGCGGCACACUACCGGUGAAAAAUGUGAAAUGUUAUCGUUUUGAAAUCGCUAAUAACUGUUCUACUUGUGUUUUAUUUUUCUAUUUUAUUAUUACAUUUAGGUAUAGCCCUAUGCAUAUUAUUAUUAUGUUCGAUAUAUUUAAUCCAUAUAUGUAUAUAUUAUAACGUACGAAAA